UGUUGAAUAUUGGAGAUUUCAGGUUUCUGCUCAACAUUGAGCUGAAAUGAGAUGAUAUGAUUCCCUCCACAGAUCUGAUCCGUCUGUGUUUCAGCGAUGAAACGUCCUCAGGCUGAUGAAGACGGUCAGAGGAUGAGUGUGGUGAUGAACCAGCAGGAAGGAGAUGAAGAAGCUGCAGUCAGAGGUGAAAACCCCAGCAGAACCUCCAAGCUGCCAGCAGGGGGAGUAGUUCUGCUGGUUCUGGUCGGUCUGCUGGCUGCUGCUCUCAUCGUCAUCUACAGACUCUCGACUCACAUUGUGCGAACAAACGAGGAUCUGCAGAGAAUCACAGAGGAGAAUAAAGUCCUGAGCAGAAACCUGUCAGCGUUUGAAGACGAGCCGUCCUGUGAGACCGGCUGGGUCCAGUUCCAGGGAAGCUGCUAUCACUUUUCCACAGACCAGUUUUCCUGGGCGGAGAGCCGGAGAAGCUGCCGGGAAGCGGGAGCGGAGCUGGUGAAGGUCGACAGCAGAGAGCUGCAGGUCCGAAACAGCGUCAGGUACAGUAUCCAGAUACUGGAUCAGGACAAACCGGGCCGGGUUCUAACUUCUCCUCUCCAGUACUUCCUGAGGUUCCACCUGACCGGGAAAAUGAAGAGCUUCCAGGACAUGUUCUGGAUCGGACUGACGGACUCGGCGGAGGAGGGGAGAUGGGUCUGGACGGACGGGUCGGACCUGAGCGAGAGUGUGCGGUUCUGGAGCCAAAAAGAGCCGGAUAACUGGACAGCGGAGAACCCGGCGGGGGAGAACUGUGUGCGGAUGGGGACGGAGGGAGGAGGACCGAUGAACAACUGGUACGACAAAGACUGCGGCGCCGCGCAGAAGAGAAUCUGCCAGAAGAGAAACUUCAGAUAAAGACAAGAAAUUCUUUUAAAAUAAAAACUAAACAUGAUACAAAUAUU